UAUCCCGCUCUCCCCGGACCCCGCAUUCACUAUAUCCGCUCUCCCCGGACCCCGCAUUCACUAUAUCGCUCUCCCCGGACCCCGCAUUCACUAUAUCCGCUCUCCCCGGACCCCGCAUUCACUAUAUCCGCUCUCCCCGGACCCCGCAUUCACUAUAUCCGCUCUCCCCGGACCCCGCAUUUACUAUAUCCGCUCUCCCCGAACCCCACAUUCACUAUAUCCGCUCUCCCCGGACCCCGCAUUCACUAUAACCGCUCUCCCCGGACCCCGCAUUCAUUAUAUCCGCUCUCCCCGGACCCCGCAUUCACUAUAACCGCUCUCCCCGGACCCCGCAUUCACUAUAUCCGCUCUCCCCGGACCCCGCAUUCACUAUAUCCGCUCUCCCCGGACCCCGCAUUCACUAUAUCUGCUCUCCCCGGACCCCGCAUUCACUAUAUCCGCUCUCCCCGGACCCCGCAUUCACUAUAUCCGCUCUCCCCGGACCCCGCAUUCACUAUAUCCACUCUUCCCAGACCUUGCAUUCAAUGUAUCCGCUCUCCCCGGACCCCGCCUUCACUAUAUCCGCUCUCCCCGAACCCCGCAUUCAAUAUAUCCGCUCUCCCCGGUCCCCACAUUUACUAUAUCCGCUCUCCCCGGACCCCGCAUUCACUAUAUCCGCUCUCCCCGGACCCCGCAUUCACUAUAUCCGCUCUCCCCAGACCCCGCAUUCAUUAUAUGCGCUCUCCCCGGACCCCACAUUCACGAUAUCCGCUCUCCCCGGACCCCGCAUUCACUAUAUCCGCUCUCCCCAGACCCCGCAUUCACUAUAUCCGCUCUCCCCGGACCCCGCAUUCACUAUAUCCACUCUUCCCAGACCCCGCAUUCACCAUAUCGGCUCUCCCCGGACCCUGCAUUCACUAUAUCCGCUCUCCCCGGACCCCGCAUUCACUAUAUCCGCUCUCCCUGGACCCCGCAUUCACUAUAUCCACUCUUCCCAGACCCUUGACACAGGAUUUC